UUUUUCUUCCUUCAUCUUCGUUGCCCUUCUUUCCUUGUUCUUCUUCGUCGUCACUUCGCAACCCAAAAAACAAAAAAAAUUCGCUCGUGUGAAAUUCCCCGCACGUGCGAUAUCUUGUGAAAUUAUCCGCGCGUGCGAGCUCGUUCCCCAAUUCGUACAAACCCUUAAAAGCUUUCAAUUUUGGUUUUUUUUUUCGUUACAUUGCAAUCUUUUCCCCCAAAUUUUUGUUCACAGCAAAAAAAAAAAAAAAAAAAAAUAGCCGAUCGUGAGUGGUUUUUGUGUGUUGUACCUCCGAUCGCCGCUGCUCUCGGUUGUACUUCCCAAGUGUUGGAUGGUUAUGAGUGAGGUAUGCGAUGGGGCUAGGUGAGAAGAAGAAAAAAGAAGAGGCGAUGAAUGUGCAGGCACAUAUGUCGGGUCCCGCUGCUGCUACUGCUGCGCAGAACCAGGCGGCGCAGAAUUUGGGCGCUGGAGGAGGAGGAGGAGGCGGCGGAGUGCGUGGUUUUUUUGCAGCUGAGAAUGAGAUGCCUAGAGCUCGGGUUCUUAUGCAAGAAAAAAUCUAUACUAUCUUAUCGCAGCGGCACCAGCAGCAGCCACUUGAUGAAAAUACAAGAAAGAAGUUUAAGGAUAUUGCGAAGCGUUUAGAGGAGGGUUUAUUGAGAUCAGCUCAUUCAAAGGAGGAUUACAUGAACCUUGAUACACUUGAGAGCCGUUUGCAUCAAUUGAUUAAACGCUCACAUAUGUCGGGUCCCGCUGCUGCUGCUGCGCAGAACCAGGCGGCGGCAUCCGCCACAUCGCAGAACGGGAGCACGCUUGUUCAACAGAUGCAGAAUUUGGGUGCUGGAGGAGGUGGAGGUGGCGGAGUGCGUGGUUUUUUUGCAGCUGAUAAUGAGAUGCCUAGAGCUCGGAUUCUUAUGCAAGACAAAAUCUAUACUAUCUUAUCGCAGCGGCACCAGCAGCAGCCACUUGAUGAAAAUACAAGAAAGAAGUUUAAGGAUAUUGUGAAGCGUUUAGAGGAGGGUUUAUUGAGAUCAGCUCAUUCAAAGGAGGAUUACAUGAACCUUGAUACACUUGAGAGCCGUUUGCAUCAAUUGAUUAAACGCUCACAUAUGAAUCCUCGAGCUCAAUAUCCACAGCUUGUUAAUUCUUCCUCCCCUGUUGGUACAAUGAUACCAACACCUGGCAUGUCACACAGUGGGAAUUCAACCAUGAUCGUUGCAUCUUCUGUAGAUGCUUCAAUGAUCGGUGCUAGUGCACCUACGACUGUCAACCCUGGAAGCCUGUUGCCAAGUGGUGGCAUACAUGGUGGUUCCUUUAAUAGAUCUGAUGGUUCUUUGUCUAAUGGAUAUCAGCAGUCUCCUGCCAAUUUUUCCCUUAGUUCUGGUGGAAACUUGUCAUCAAUGGGUGCUCAAACAAUUACAAGCCAAAUGAUUCCCACUCCUGGAUUUAAUAGUAAUAACAAUAACAGUAAUAUUAAUAACAGUCAGUCUUAUAUGAACAUGGAAUCUUCUAAUAAUGGUGGUGGGUUUUCCAAUGUUGAGUCAACGAUGGUAUCACAACCACCGCAGCAAAAGCAGCAUCAUGGUGGUCAAAAUAGCCGCAUAUUGCACAGCCUUGGUAGUCAAAUGGGAAGUGGAAUUAGGUCUGGCUUGCAGCAGAAAGCUUAUGGGUUUGCAAAUGGGGCUUUAAAUGGUGGUGGGUUAGGGUUGAUGGGGAAUAAUUUACAACUUGUUAAUGAACGUGGUACCUCUGAGGGCUAUCUUUCUGCCACAUCUUAUAGUAAUUCACCCAAACCUUUUCAGCCUCACUUUGAUCAACAUCAGCAACCGAUAAUGCAGGGUGAUGGAUAUGGAAUGAGCAGUUCCGAUUCUUUUGGGUCUGGAAACUUCUAUGGUGCUGCAACAUCUGUUGGAUCAAUGAUGAAUACUCAGAACUUGAGUUCAGUUAGCUUGCCUUCUAUAUCCAAAACCAACUCUUCUCUGAUAAGCAAUCAGUCAAAUUUGCAAGCAACGCAACAGGCUGCCUAUAUAAAGACUCCAUCAGUUGAUCAAUCGGAAAAGAUGAAUUUUCAAGCUUCAAUGACUUCAAGAGAUAAUCUACUACACUCUCAUCAACAGCAGCAAUUUCAACAGCAGCCCCAUCAGUUUCAACAGCAGCAAUUUGUUCAACAGCAACGCCAACAGAAGCAGCUUCAACAGCACCAGAAUAUGCUAAAUAAUGAUACUUUUGGUCAGUCUCAACUGACAUCCGAUAUAGGCAACCAAGUGAAACGUGAACCUGGAGUGGAGCACCACAAUGAAGUUAUGAACUCACAAGUUUCUGAACAAUUCCAAUUGUCUGAGAUGCAGAACCAAUUCCCGCAGAACUCUGCUGAAGACCGAUCCAGGAGUGCUCAACAGAUCUCUCUUCCGUCUUCACAGCAUGAUAUCUGCUCGCCAAUGUCUCAAAAUUCUCAACAAAUGCAACAAUUGCUACAUCCAAACCAACUGGUUACGGAUUCCCAAAGCGAUUAUAGCUGCCUUUCUGUUGGAGCACAAUCAGAAUCUGUACUGCAGGGUCAAUGGCAUCCUCAAUCACAAGACAGGAAUCAUGUACCAAGGAGUAUGCCGCUUGAGCAUCAUGUGCAAGAGGAUUUCCGUCAGAGAAUAUCUAGGCAAGAUGAAGCUCAGUGCAAUAACUUAUCAUCAGAAGGAUCUAUUAUUGGUCGAACUGCUGCUUGUAGAAGCACCACUGAGUCCCCUAAUUUAACUGGUGCUACCUGUAGAUCUGGAAAUCCUAGCCUUGACGCGAUGUAUAGAAAUCAACAGAAAUGGCUCUUGUUCUUGCGACAUGCUAAUCGAUGUACGUCCCCCAAAGGGAAAUGUCUAGUACCUCAAUGUGUAAUUGCUCAAGAGUUGUUGUUGCACAUUCGUAAAUGCAAUCUGGCUUCAUGCACAUAUCCUCGUUGCCGUCAUACCAAGGACUUGGUUGAACAUUUCAAGAAAUGCAGGAAUCCCAGUUGCCCUGUUUGUGUUCCUGUAAGAAACUAUAUAGUGCGACAACAAUUCAAUGCACGAUAUAUUGCACGUUCUCGAACAGAGUCUGCUUGUUUGCCAACUUCAAUUACUGCGUCUAAUAAAUCCUAUGAUACCGGAGACACUUCGGCCAGAUUGAUGUCAAAGACUUCCUCUAUUGUUGAAACUUCGGAAGAUAUACUACCCUCUUCAAAACGCUUGAAGAUAGAGCAGCCCUCCCAAUCUCUUAUUCCAGAGAGUGAAAGUUCUGCAGUAUCAGUUUCUGCAUUUAGUGAACCCCAUGGGUCGCAGGAUGUCCACCUCCAAGAUAACCAAAUUAAUGAGAUUUGUAUGCCCGUUAAAUCUGAGUUUCCAGAGGUAAAGAAGGAAAUUGCUGAAAGUUCUGUACAAGAAAGUCUUGGUGAGAUGAAAAAGGACGAUGCAAAUGAUAACUGCAACCAAAGGCCUGAUGGUGAAUCUAUUGCAUAUAACGAGCCUUCUGUUUUGUCUAAGCAAGAAAAUAUUAAACUUGAGAAAGAGAUUGAUCCAGCUAAGCAAGAAAUUGCGACACAGCCUGCAGAAAAUGCAGCUAGUACCACCAAAUCUGGGAAACCAAAAAUAAAGGGUGUAUCAUUGACUGAACUUUUCACUCCAGAGCAGGUUAGGGAGCAUAUCACAGGUCUCAGGCAGUGGGUUGGCCAAAGUAAAGCAAAGGCAGAAAAGAAUCAAGCAAUGGAGCAUGCAAUGAGUGAGAAUUCUUGUCAGUUGUGUGCAGUUGAGAAGCUCACUUUUGAACCACCACCUAUAUAUUGCACUCCAUGCGGUGCUCGCAUCAAGCGAAAUGCAAUGUAUUAUACCAUGGGUGCUGGUGAUACACGACAUUAUUUCUGUAUUCCAUGUUAUAACGAGGCUCGUGGAGACACCAUAGUUGUUGACGGGACUGCGAUUCCAAAGGCAAGGCUAGAAAAGAAGAAAAAUGAUGAAGAGACUGAGGAAUGGUGGGUUCAAUGUGAUAAGUGUGAAGCUUGGCAACAUCAAAUCUGUGCUUUAUUUAAUGGUCGAAGAAAUGAUGGUGGACAAGCUGAAUACACUUGCCCAAAUUGCUAUAUACAAGAGGUUGAAAGAGGAGAGCGUAAGCCCUUGCCACAAAGUGCUGUUCUUGGGGCCAAAGAUUUGCCAAGAACAAUUCUUAGUGACCAUAUAGAGCAGCGGUUAUUUAGGAGACUGAAGCAGGAAAGACAAGAGAGGGCAAGGCUUCAUGGAAAAGGUUUUGAUGAGGUUCCUGGGGCAGAAUCACUUGUAAUUAGAGUUGUUUCAUCCGUUGACAAAAAGUUGGAAGUGAAGCAGCGGUUUCUUGAAAUAUUUCAAGAAGAGAAUUAUCCGACUGAAUUCCCAUAUAAAUCCAAGGUAGUUUUGUUGUUUCAGAAGAUUGAAGGUGUAGAAGUAUGCCUGUUUGGCAUGUAUGUUCAAGAAUUUGGAUCCGAAUCUCAAUUUCCAAAUCAGCGUCGCGUCUAUCUUUCAUACCUGGACUCUGUCAAGUAUUUCAGACCUGAGAUUAAAGCGGUUACUGGAGAGGCUCUUCGUACGUUCGUUUAUCAUGAAAUUCUGAUUGGAUACCUUGAAUAUUGCAAGUUACGAGGUUUUACAAGCUGCUAUAUAUGGGCUUGCCCUCCAUUAAAGGGUGAAGAUUAUAUUUUAUAUUGUCAUCCAGAAAUUCAAAAAACACCUAAAUCUGAUAAGCUCCGGGAAUGGUAUUUAGCAAUGUUAAGAAAAGCAGCCAAGGAAAAUAUUGUGGUUGAUCUCACUAAUUUGUAUGACCAUUUCUUUGUAACUACUGGUGAAUGUAAGGCUAAGGUAACUGCUGCUAGGUUGCCAUAUUUUGAUGGUGACUACUGGCCUGGUGCUGCGGAAGAUCUGAUUUAUCAGAUGCGUCAAGAAGAAGAUGGCAGAAAACAAAAUAAGAAAGGAACAACUAAGAAGACCAUAACAAAGAGGGCUUUAAAAGCUACUGGUCAGUCUGAUCUUUCUGGUAACGCGUCAAAGGAUCUGCUGCUCAUGCAUAAACUUGGUGAAACCAUCUGCCCAAUGAAGGAAGAUUUUAUCAUGGUUCAUUUGCAGCAUGCAUGCACUCACUGUUGUAUCCUAAUGGUAUCUGGAAAUCGAUGGGUUUGCAACCAGUGCAAAAAUUUCCAGCUGUGUGAUAAAUGUUAUGAAUCAGAACAGAAACGUGAAGAAAGAGAAAGACAUCCAAACAAUCAGAGGGAAAAACAUGUCCUCUAUCCAGUUGAAAUUACUGAUGUACCUGUUGAUACAAAGGAUAAAGAUGAGAUCCUUGAGAGUGAAUUCUUUGACACUAGACAAGCAUUUCUGAGUCUUUGUCAAGGAAAUCAUUAUCAGUAUGAUACCCUGCGGCGGGCUAAACAUUCUUCGAUGAUGGUCCUUUACCAUCUGCAUAACCCAACUGCUCCUGCAUUUGUGACGACAUGUAAUGUAUGUCAUCUUGAUAUUGAAACUGGUCAGGGUUGGAGGUGUGAAGUCUGCCCUGAGUAUGACGUAUGCAAUGGAUGCUAUCAAAAGGGCAUUGAUCAUCCUCAUAGGUUGACAAACCAUCCAUCCAUAGCUGACCGUGAUGCUCAGAAUAAAGAAGCAAGGCAAAUACGAGUUCAACAGCUUAGGAAGAUGCUUGAUCUUCUGGUGCAUGCAUCACAAUGUCGUUCCUCACAUUGCCAAUACCCAAAUUGUCGCAAGGUGAAGGGUCUUUUUCGCCAUGGGAUACAUUGCAAAACCCGUGCAUCUGGAGGUUGUGUUCUUUGUAAGAAAAUGUGGUAUCUCCUUCAACUUCAUGCUCGAGCUUGCAAAGAAUCUGAGUGCAAUGUACCACGUUGCAGAGAUCUAAAAGAACAUUUGAGGAGGCUACAGCAGCAGUCUGACUCUCGCCGAAGAGCUGCCGUGAUGGAGAUGAUGAGACAGAGAGCUGCAGAGGUUGCCAGCAAUGCUGGAUGAUCAAUUUGUACAUACUAAUAUGGAGUUUUGAAGAAAACCCUCUAGUUAGAGGGAGGUAGACCAUAGUUUUUGUGCUGCUCCACCAUGACACUGCUGGAAACCAGGCAGUGAUGGUAAAAGUGGUGGGUUUAGACGGUUGGAAGGGGAUAAGCAUAGAACACUACAACAGAUUGGUUCGUAUUCACUUUUUAGGGAAAUAUUCUUUUCAUUUAUAUCUCCACGACUCAUUUCUCCCUCAGCAAGUGAAGUUUAUAGACCGGAGCUACCCUCUUCAACCACUUAACAGUGCUGCUCGGAGUAUUAGAGUACUGAUGCCUGCGUCUCUCACUCUGGCCCGAUUUGGUGAUUCUUUGAUUUUAUGAUCCUCUUGUAUUCUGUAAGAAUGUCAUCCUUGGGUGGCGAUUGUACUAUAAUUGUUCUAAUCUUUCUAGAAAAAUAUUUUCUUUACAAAGGAAUGUCAGAGGGAUGUUAGUUCCAAAUCCCUCCUUUUUUUAUAUUUUUUGUUUUAUAUUGACCUUUUUUUGUAGAAUGUCUUAUUUAAAGAAGGAAAAAUAAGUAGUGUCUCCAAAACUGAAGCAUUCAUUUUGAUUGAUACAGUUAUGUUUAUAUGGUCUAUACGUAAUUGAACAAAUAGUUUUUGAUUGUUA